AUGACUAAAGAGCAUUUGAAGGACAAGUGGCUCAGUAUUGAAUCUCUCGUCUUCCUUUUUAGUGCCUGCUUUCUCCAACUCUUCACUCAUGGAGGACAGAGCAUAGUGGUAGAUGAAGCUAUUGAUGGAUUUCUAAAAACUGAUGAAAGACAAAGACUGGCAAAGGAAAGAAGAGAGGAAAGGGAGAAAUACCUUGCUGCUAGGGAGCAGCAGAUACUGGAGAAGGAGAGAAGAGCAAAACUUCAGUAUGAAAAGCAAAUGGAGGAGCGAUGGAGAAGACUGGAGGAGCAGAGGCAGAGAGAGGAGCAGAAGAGAGCAGCUGUUGAAGAGAAGCGGAGACAAAAGCUCAAAGAGGAGGAGGAACGUUUAGAAGCCAUGAUGCGCCGGUCCCUCGAACGCAGCCAGCAGCUGGAGCAGAAACAGAAGCGAUGGUCGUGGGGAGGAGCACUGGCUGCAGGCUCAGGAGGCAGAGAUGGUGAAUCAGAAAAUACCCCACCCCCUGUUCUAGGUUUAGCUGCCAACACCCUUCCUCCAGACCCUGUGACCUCCACUGCUCCUGCUGAUUCCUUCAAUGCAUGUGACAAACUUUCAGCUUCUACAAUGAAUCUGCCAAAGCAAAUGGAGUCGCCGAUCAGUAAACGCCUCUCAUCCUCCACAGUGGCCAUAACGCAUUCCCCCGACAGAGCACCAGCUAGUCCUCUUAAAUCUCCCUACAAGCCUUCCCCCACCCGAAGCACCGACAGGAAGAAGGCAACUUCACCCUCCACUGCCAAUGCCAUGAAAGGGGCUCCUGCAGCUGAAGUUACUCAGACUGAGAAGAUAAAGAAGGAGAAGCGACCUGCAACACCUGGUUCAUCAUCUGGUAUGGGAUCUCCUCUUAGAAGGUCUGAUUCUCCUGCUGCCAUGUCCAGAAGAUCUGCAUCACCUGCAACACCUAAGACAGUUGCAAAGACUUAUCCUCAGUCUCCUAAAAAUACCAAACAAUAUCCAGCUUCUCCUGUGAAGCAUCGUGCCACUUCCAAUAUCAGCCAGGAAACACCUAAAAAGAAAGCAGACAAGGAGAAAGAAAAUGUCAGUCACCUGAAGACCCCAGGAGCACGCAGUGAUGAUGUGGGCCAGGUGGCUCCUGAGAAGCACGUGCCUUCUGCUGGAAAGGCUGAGAACACUGAAGGGAAGAUCACAGCAGGAACAAGUGAUGCAGAAGAAGCUGCAAAAAUUCUAGCUGAAAAAAGACGACAGGCCCGCCUGCAAAAAGAACAAGAGGAAAAGGAGAAACAGGAAAGAGAAGAACGAGAAAGGCUUGAAAGAGAAGAGCAGAAAAGAAAGGCAGAAGAAGAAAGACUGCGUCUGGAAGAAGAAGCUCGUAAGAAGGAAGAGGAAAGAAAACGUGACGAAGAGGCAGCUAGAAAAAAGGCAGAAGAGGAAGCCAGAAGAAGAACUGAGGAAGAACAAAUGCUAAAGGAAAAGCAAGAAAAAGAGCUCCAAGCCAAACUUGAGAAACAGAAGGAAGAAGCAGAAAUCAAAGCCCGUGAGGCAGCUGAACAGCUUCGUCUUGAAAGGGAACAAAUCAUGCAGCAAAUUGAGCAAGAAAGGCUGGAGCGGAAGAAGAGAAUAGAUGAAAUAAUGAAGAGAACAAGGAAGAGUGAAACCCCAGAAAUAAAGAAGGAAGAGCCAAAACUGGAGAUUCCAUCAACUUUGAAUGUGGAAAAGCAACCAAAGGCCCUUGUUCUCAACCAGCCAGAGAUCAAUGGAUUGGCAACCUGCCUGAAAAAUAAAAGCUUAGAAAGUGCUGCUUCUGUAAUCCCUUCCCAAGAUGUAGUUGCUAAUGGACUGAAGUCAGUUUCAGGACUUAUUCAGCUGGAAGCUGUUGAUGGGAAAUUUAACAACAUGGAAGAUUCAACAGAUGAGGUUCAGUCCAUGGAUGUGAGCCCAGUUUCAAAAGAAGAACUUAUCUCUAUCCCUGAAUAUUCACCUAUGAAUGAACUCAUGCCAGGUGUUUCUUUGGACCAAAAUGGGACAAGUAAUGCCAAGGCUCUUGAAGACCUCUUGGAUUUCACAGGCCAAGCUACCUACUCCAAGAUGUCCAGCGAUACCCUUAGCCUAGAUGACUGUAACAAAAACUUGAUUGAGGGAUUUAACAGCCCAGGACAAGAAAAUACACUUAAUUCUAUCUGUUGA